AAACAAUGACAUUUUGUUAACUGUUCAUUGUCCUUACUUAUGAUAGUUAGUGAAACGUACUAAGAAUUUGCUAGUAAAAACCAAAUAACAUAGUAAUAUGAAUGAAGAAGGUGUCGAUGUAGAAGAUCUCGAACUCCUUUCAAUUAUUGGAUUUGAUGGAAACCCUCACAAUGGAUUGAAAGUUCAUCCUGAUGGUGUUCAUAUUGUAUAUCCACUGGGUAACAAGUUGGCAAUCAAAAACUGGAAGUCUAAAAAAGAAAAAUUUUUAGAGGGCCACACUAAUGUCAUAUCUACAGUGGCCAUCUCAAAUAAUGGAUUGUAUGUUGCCUCUGGACAAAUAAAUCACAUGGGAUUUAAGGCCAGUGUAAUCCUGUGGGAUUUCAAAAAACUAAAUAUUUUGUUACAAUAUGAAUCACACAAAGUACGUGUAGAAGCAGUUGUUUUCUCAAGUUGUGAUACCUACCUCAUCUCUCUUGGAGGACCAGAUGAUAGUAAUAUUGUUUUAUGGAACAUUGAAGUCAAAGAGGCUCUUUGUGGCAGCUAUGCAUCAGACCGAACAUCGGGGGAUGCUGUCACAUUGUCUCCUAUGAAUCUCAGAGGGCCCUGUUUUAUGACAGGUGGUGAAUGUACACUCAAAGUAUGGACUUUAAAUGUUUUAGACCGAAACCUCCGCAGUAUGAAUGUGUCACUUGGCAAAAUCAAACGGAUUAUAACUUGUAUUGAGAUUGACUACAGAGAUGAGUUUGCCUACUGUGGAACAAGUACUGGUGAUAUAGUGAAAGUAAAAUUGAAUUAUUCACAUGAUAUCAAUAUUUUAGAUCCAAUUGUAAAACCAGUAUUGAUUGGUUGCUUUGCUAAAUUUCCCAAGAAAAUAUCAUCCAAGCAACCUCUUGAAGCUGAGAGGUACAGUCAAGGUGUUGGGGCAAUUUUGCUUCUAGAUGAUGACAGUAUCAUAGUUGGAGCUGGAGAUGGGACUGUGGACAUGGUCAGGGAGCGAGAUGUUAGUCCUGACAGUCUGAUACAAAAAGGACAUGGAAAAUUGAUCAAUCCAUCUCUUCCAAUGUUGAUUAUGAUUAGAUCCGUUCAUGUGGGCUCAACAGUUACAUCAGCUCAAAAACUAGGAGAUGAACUUCUAAUUGGAACAAUUCAAUGUGAACUUUAUGUUAUUAACAUGAAAACAUUUUCUGUCAAACUAAUGGCCACAUGUCACACCUCUACAAUUUACGACAUCGCAUUUCCUAGUCAAUACUCUGAUGUGUUUGCAACUGCAAGCAAAGAUGAUGUUCGUGUAUGGAGUGUACAAACUUCUCAAGAGCUGUUGCGCAUUUCUGUUCCUAACUUUACCUGUUCUGGAGUGAUAUUUACACAUGAUGGAAAAGCAAUCAUUACUU